GUGAAAACUGACACACCCUCUGGACAAAAAAGGCAGGUCAGGAAGCAGAGCUAGCUACUUGCACUUCAUCACACGCGACAGGAUUUAAGAUUCCUUUUUGUUCUUAAAAAUGGCCUAUCCAGGAUAUGGUGCUCCGCCCGGUGGUUACCCAGGAGGGCAGUAUGGAGGUGCCCCAGGAGCUCCAGGAUAUGGAGGAUUUCCUGGCCAGCAACAGGACCCCCUCUUUGGAUACUUUACUGCAGUUGCUGGAAACGAUGGACACAUAUCAGCAGAGGAGCUUCAGGCCUGCCUCACACAGGCUGGCUUCUCUGGAGGCUACAGACCUUUUAACUUGGAGACUUGCCGUCUGAUGAUCAACAUGUUGGAUAGAGACAUGUCCUGCACCAUGGGUUUCAACGAGUUCAAAGAGUUGUGGGCUGUACUCAACGGUUGGAAGCAGCACUUCAUGUCCAUCGACCGUGAUCGAAGUGGGACUGUGGACCCUCAGGAGAUGCAUCAGGCCGUCUCCACGAUGGGCUACAGUUUGAGCCCACAAGCCAUGAACUGCGUCAUCAAACGUUACAGUACUCAAGGGAAGAUAACGUUUGACGACUAUGUGGCUUGUUGUGUGAAACUCAGGACGCUGACUGAUGUAUUCAGAAAAAGGGACACAACUGGACAAGGGUCUGCCGCAUUUCAAUAUGAUGACUUCAUCCAGUGCACCAUGAGCUGUUAAAGAAGAAACACGGAAGAAUGCAAUUUAGACGGUCGGUCUUUAAUGCUAAUAAAUCUGCAUGAGUUCAUGUUUCCCCAAUGUAUGUAUUUUAUACUCACAUACUUAUUUUCAUAAAUUAUUGUUUUUAUAAUAACAUGAUUUAAACCUCAUUAAUCUGCUGUCCCUGUUCAUAGAAAAAAGUUGUUAGUUUUGUUACUGUGUCACACGCCAUGUUAAAAAGUAACUAAAAUCUGGGAGUGAAAGCUAUCCUAAUACACACACACGACUAAACGCUGUCUCAAUUGAAAUUAUUUUUACAAAAGCUUUAAAAAAAAUUGGGUUGGUAAAUGCUAGCUCUUUUUGCCUUUAGUAAAAUUUUGGAGUUGCUCUUUCAGGGUACCGUUUUGUCAUCAAAGGGAAGGAUUGUGUAAGGUACCUACCCCCCAAGACUUCUAUACUGUAGUGUACACAAUUGGCCAUGUUUAGUAUUUGUAUCCAUUUUAGCAUUUAAUUGAGGAAGCCAGUAAAUUCUUUCUGUAUUUUCUGAAAAUAUGAUGGGAUGGGCUAAGGCCUAACCUGUGUAUUUUGUUUAUCUUUAACAUUAAGAUAUUGGAAGUUAUUUUAAAACUCUCAUUAUAGGAGAAAUAUAGGAAUGCACAUAACUAAAUGUUGACCACUUCUGUGCCUAUGUACUGAAUAAACAGGAAUAACUUUUGUGUCAUA